AUGCUGGAAGGGGUGGAGCAGAUCAUGAUCCAGCAUGAGAAAGAGGGUUUGAUUCGGCUGCAUUGGAUGAACCCGCUCCCCACUCCUGCGUGGCUGCAGCACGGCGGAUACCAGUGCGACGUCUGCUUAAAUCCGGAUCUUCGAACUGGCUACCAGCAUGUCAAUGAGGACAAUGCACGCGACCACUCGAAGCUGCUUGAGCAGCGGACUGGCUACGACGCUUGUGCCAAAUGCGCCGUAGAAACCCUUGUCAAGCUUCGCAAAGAGAUUCACGACUGGAGCAACAACGCGGCGCUGCAAAGAGGAGCCCCUGUCUCCUAUCCUCGCUGCGACACGGGCAAGGAGCAGCUGAGUCUGUCUGUGUCCCCCAAUGUGGUCCAUGGAAGCCUUGGCGUCGAGGUUGAAGUGCAAGGUUCCAUCGGCCAUCACGUUGCAGUUGCCGUGCUUCCCAUGGACUGCGAGCUGCCAGCUGCAUGGCAGGGGACUGGCAGGAAAGUGCUUCGUCAAGCUGAAAUUCCUCGAAGUGCUGAUGAACCCAGCUGCAAGGUUGUGCAGUUCCGCUGCUUGAAGUCGGAAACGCUUUUCCGUUUUGCCCCUGGUGAGAAUCGAGGCUGCCUUCGAUGCUGGGCUUUGUUGCGGAACGAGCAGACCUUUGGCGCAGAGCACUCCAUCCAGGCCGUGAGCUGCGUCGAGCGCAUCACAGAAGGAGGUGCAGGCACAGUGCGGCUGGCAUGGAGAAAGGGCCCCGCCGGCGAGGGAGCGACGAUUCCGGCCGAGCAGCUGGAGGACAGCUGCUCUUUAAAAUGCAGUCACUGA